UCAAGUUGGAAAGUUUUUACAGUGCUACUUCCCGUCUCACUGUCGCCACUCACAAUAGCAAAGAAAUAUUUCUCGUUUCUCUGUAAAAUCACUUUUAUCAAUGAUGAUAGGUUUAAUCCACAAGGACAGGUGAUACAGUCAGAUCGAAGACUUCAUUAAUGCGGUGACAGAAGAUCGCUAAUCCUGAAGUUUUUAACGUCUCGAAUCUUCAGGUGAACUUAGGAGUACAAUGACUUCCCCCUUGUCUAGCAUCUUUACAUUUACCAGCCCUGCUGUGAAAAGACUUUUAGGUUGGAAGCAAGGAGAUGAAGAGGAGAAAUGGGCUGAGAAGGCAGUUGACUCGUUGGUGAAAAAGUUGAAAAAGAAAAAAGGUGCCCUUGAAGAUUUGGAGAAAGCCCUGUCUUGCAAGGAUCUGCAAACAAAAUGUGUUACAAUCCAGCGGUCACUGGAUGGCCGCCUGCAAGUGUCUCAUCGCAAAGGCUUGCCCCAUGUGAUUUACUGUCGUGUUUGGCGAUGGCCCGACCUCCAGUCCCAUCAUGAACUCAAACCACUGGAGUCAUGCGAGUACCCGUUCAGUGCUAAGCAAAAGGAGGUGUGCAUUAACCCAUAUCACUACAGGAGGGUGGAAAGUCCGGUCCUGCCUCCUGUGCUAGUCCCACGCUACAGCGAGUACCCAGCUCAUGGGGCUGUUCCUCCCUUCCAGCCGAUUCCGGAACCAUCCUUGCCCCACAACGUCACCUUCCCGUUCCCCUCGCAGCAUUCUCCACAGACCCCUAGUUCCGGGCCCGGCAGUCCAUUUGGUCUUCCUGCCGACACCCCUCCACCUGCAUACCAGGCCCAGGAUGAUAACCAGAAUAAUCAGAACGGACCUCAGCCCAUGGACACAAACCAUCAGCCUAACCCGGCCCACUCAGGGCCUCCUGCGCAGCCUUCCUUCCCACUUUCCAAACACCUGCCCAGAAUUACAGACAAGCAGCCAGUGACUUACCAAGAGCCCCACCACUGGUGCAACAUUGUCUACUACGAGCUGAACAACCGCGUCGGGGAGCAGUUUCAGGCCUCCUCCAACAGCAUUGUAGUGGACGGCUUCACCGACCCGUCUCGCACUGACCGGUUCUGUUUGGGCCUCCUCUCCAACGUCAACAGGAACUCCACCAUCGAGAACACACGCAGGCAUAUAGGGAGAGGUGUCCAUCUGUACUAUGUGGGUGGAGAAGUCUAUGCAGAAUGUUUGAGCGACAGCAGCAUCUUCGUUCAGAGCAGGAACUGUAACUACUCACAUGGCUUCCACCACACUACAGUGUGCAAGAUACCACCGAACUGCAGUCUCAAGAUCUUCAACAAUCAGGAGUUUGCCGCUCUUCUGUCCCAGUCAGUGAACCAUGGCUUUGAAGCAGUGUAUGAACUCAGCAAAAUGUGCAUCAUUCGCAUGAGCUUUGUCAAGGGCUGGGGGGCAGAGUACCACCGGCAGGAUGUCACAUCCACUCCUUGCUGGAUUGAGUUGCAUCUGAAUGGGCCCCUGCAGUGGCUGGACAAGGUCAUCACACAGAUGGGUUCGCCAAUGAACCCGAUUUCUUCAGUGUCGUGACCCCGCUGUUUCCUGGAGCGGUCUGCGUAAUCAUUGUCACUCUCAUGCUGGAGCCAGGAGUUAUUUCUCUCGCUCUCUCUCAUUUUUCCCGAGGAAACACUCUCAUUCAAGGAAAUGUUCUCUUGUUACAUUUUGCUUGAGAAAAAAAGCUCAGUUUGCCGUGGUGGACACUCUGGGAGUGGGUGAAUUCCGUAGAUUGUUUUAGUUGUGGUUUUUGGGUUGUUGUUUUUUUUUGGUUACAUUUUUUUUAUAGAAAUAUCCUGCUCUUGAGGUAUUUGAGGUAAAAAGCUAUGGUUAAGUGUUACUUUCCAUUUAUGAAAAUAAUGGGGGGGGGGGGGAUGAAUAGUCUUUGUGUUCCCACUCCUGAGUCUUUAUUUCUUUGAGAGAAUAUUUGCAGGUGGUCUGUGGGGUAAUGUGGAGUUUUUUUGUUUCUUUUAAUGAAGUGUUUUUGUUUGUUAUUGAUGAUCAGUUUGUAGAUCCUUUGCCCAGUUUGUUUCUUAUCCAUUUGAUUGUCGCUUGUUCAGUGGUUUUCUGAAAUUCACGUUUUGUUUUAGUCCCACUGUUCCUAGUGAAGAGUGCAGAGAAGUGAAGUGGUUUUCUCUACAGAGAAAUAAAAUCAUCGUAUUAACAGCUCAACACUUUUGACCAAGUUGAAUUUUUUUUUUCCAUCAUCUUUUAUGUUUUGCAUAAUUGUUGUAGAGUUUUUGCUUGUGCUGUCAGAUUCAGAAUGUUCCUUAGGUUCACAGAGAAAAUAUGCUGUCUUUUUUCUACUUGAAAGACUUGUGUUCAAGAUGUAAUUCACUCUCCACAAGAAAUAAGUCCUUUCAGUUUUACAGCCUUUCUAGUACCAGUAUAAAUGUUUAUUUUCAGUAGGCAAAUAUUCUCCAGUACCUCGAUAGUUUCCUUGUUGUGUGGGAACUGGCUCCUUCUGUUGCUGACUCUCGUCUUUGUCUAUUUUAAUCCGCAGUGGCCUCAAUUUCCAGUGUAAAGUGAUUGGUACUCGCAUAGUCAUGUGCAUGUAGUUGAUGUGGCUUGUAAUGGAGAAAAGUAGCUUUGUGGUGUCAUUGGGGAUAUAAGACCUAUUCAUCCAUGUUUAUGUUGGACAAAGUAGCUGUAACCCAUGUUUGAAAAACAAUUUUUUUUUCCUCCGUUGCAUAAUGUUUGUCAUUGGCUUAAGUUUUUUUUUUCCCCACCGAUUAAUUUAUCGUGGAUUUUGUGAACUUCAACUGAGUUUGGGAAGUGACAUUGCCUUGGUAGAUCUUUUGAUCUGAGCUCGACAUACAUGAAAAUGUACUUAAAAUUGUUUGGUCGUGACAGGUAAUUUUGUAUUUGUUUAUUAUGUCCACUGACAUGUGUUGUUUUGAACAAGUUUUUCGGUGCAAAAAGUUUUUAUGCACCAUGUUUCUGGUGGUUUACAUGAUUGUGUUUAUCUGUGGCUAUGGGUGAAAUGGAAGUAGCGCUUUUUUGUUAUAAUGUCGGUAGCGCCACGAACAAAGGGAUGAAAGCGUGGGUUGAUUGUCAGUCUGAGAAAUCUUUUCACUGUAGAGGGUGAAAAAGUGUUCCAAUAUUACUUGCUCAUUAUAUCGCGCAUAUUCAUUAAUUUCUUUCUUGUCAUAUAAAGAAGUCACACUUAAUGCAAUCGUUCAAUUCACUUUAAAGUGUUCUGUCGAGGGGAGAGAGAGAUCCAUGUGGUGUACAUCAUAUACCAAUUACAUAACUAUCUGUAUAUCUCCCACCGCCAGUUACAAGCAUUACAGCUGAAUGAUCUGACUCAUGUUAAGGGCAGUAUUUAUUAUCCUGAUCCCCCAUUCCAUCGUUUAUUCUACACCAUCAAAAAAAAAAGACAACAGUCACAACUUUAUAGAUAUUGAUCUAUGUUUGCUUUGUUAUUGUGCACCAUUAAUCUGUUGUCAGCAUAUUUAGAUUUAGA